GUCGGGUCUGGUCCUUGCUCAGAGGGCCUCAGAUGUAUAAAACCUUCCCUUCAUCCAUACGAGAGAUAGAUGACAGACGUAUAUCGAUCAGCUGCUGUGGUUGGCGUUCAUGGCAAUAACGUUGCGUCCGGGGGAUUGGAAUGCACCACUACGCUUGUACCCCACGACGAACUACCGGUUAUUGGGGCGUUCCAGAAACCAGAACCAUAAUGAACCGUUUUAAGCGGAUUCCCCGGGCUGAUGAAGACCUGCGCAGGAGAACCUUCCACGCAGGUUGACAGGUCUCUUCGGUUGCACCGAGCCACGCAAGACUCUGGGCACGAGCUUUGGGAGGGUGAUAAGAAGGCUGAUCUCCUGGCUUUGUUAGCACCAAUUCAUUACGAUCAUCUACUCAAACAGGCACCGCAGAGCUUCAAGAUGCAACUCUCCAACCUCCUCACCAUUGCCCUCGCCGGGUUGGCUGUUGCCUCCCCUGUUGAGCUGGUCGAGCGUCAGCAAAAGCUUCGCAUCAUGCCUCUUGGUGACUCCAUCACCGAAAUCGCCUGCUGGCGGGCCUUCGUCUGGGAUCAGAUCGCUGCGGCCGGCUUCGCCAACCAGGUCCAAUACGUUGGUUCUCAGAACUCCAACCCCCAGGGCUGCCGUCCUACGACCACGAACUGGGAUCAGCGCCACGAGGGUCAUUCCGGCUGGCUCGCGAUUGAUAUCGCCAACAAUUACCUCGCCAACUGGCUCCGGAGCACACCGGCCGAUAUCGUCCAGUUCAUGCUUGGCACCAACGAUGUGUUCAGGGGGAGAAGCACCAAUGAUAUCAUUGCUGCCUACACCAAGAUGGUUCAGAUCAUGAGGGCGGCGAACCCCAAGAUGAAGAUCAUUGUCGAUCUUGUCAUCCCCCUCGGCGUUGGCUCCAACUCGGGUAUCCAGGCCCUCAACGCCCGCAUCCCCGCCUGGGCUGCUGGCCUCAACACCACUGAGAGUCCCAUCGUCAUUGCUGACUGCAACACCGGCUACAAGACUUCCGACCUGCGUGAUGGUGUCCACCCUAGCAUUGCUGGUGAUCAGUUCCUCGCCACCAAGAUUGGACCGCCUCUUCUCAACUAUAUCAGAGAGUCGCUGGCUGGUAACUAGGCCACUCGCGGCGAAUAAAGGGACGAUGAGUACAUAGAACUGAUAGGCACGUAAAUACCAGCAACAAUGAAGGAUCCACCUUGAGAAUGUUUAAGCCACGGAAGUCUCGC